CAGGUUGGUGCCGUUUCAUGUGUGGUGUUCAUUGUAGAUGGAAGGUGGUAUUAUGAGAGAAACUUGUUUGCGAAUUGAAUCUUUCUACUUUGAUACCAACAAAGUGGGAAUGAAUUUGUGAAUAGACACCACCUAUCGCUGCUUUCUCUUCAGAACUUCUGCCCAUCUCAUGACAAUUUUUUUUUCAUUCGACAAAGAUGAGAGGAAGGUUUUUAUAAAAGAAAGUCGUAGGGUCGCUGUCACUGACGUGUUUACCACUUUUCACUGUUUUUUUGUGGUAUAUCUAGAAAUCAAGGAGGGUUUAUAUUGCUCUGCUUUAUGUCUGAUGAUCAUUUCUAACUUGGAGUUCAUCGUCUUCACUCAAUGCUGAGAGAAUAUAUGGUCUCUUCUAUAUCCUAUCUCUUCUAACUAGCGAAAGUAAAAAGUCAGGAUUAGCGAGUCGAUUUAUUGUUCAGGAUGGCUCUCUUAAACUCGGCUUAUUCACUCCAGCAGGGGUUCUACGCCGCCGGGGUCUUCCCGGCGCCACUCUCCAACUAUUCGGGCUUUUCUUUAGUCGGGCUAAGAAUGCAGCCACCGUUUGGAGCUCUAUCCUCGACUACAAUGGGCCAGCUUGCGACCUUCCCCGGAGGAUCAGCGGCAACGAUCGCUGCUGCUGCCUCGUUCAGCAUGGAGAACCUACGGGUGGCGCAAGGAUUGAGACCAUUACCUAGCAGUGGUGCUGUCUCUCCGGGCAGCCUUGGCGACAAAAGGCCCGGUGUUACCGACUUCAGCAUAGAAGGUAUCUUGGGUAAGAAGGACGGGGAUUCGUCGACUUCGAGCCGUCUAGAAAGUAUCAGAGCCAAGCAUAAACUAACAUUACACAACAAAAAUGGCGUCUCUUUUCAAGAGAAACAUUUCCAUUCACCACGAGAAUGCAUUGAUGAUAGUCAAGAAGCAACGUCACCCAAACUGAUUGAUGAUGAUGAAGGAGAUUGUCAAGACUCAAAGACAGAUAAUGAUUCUUCAGAUAACCCAAUGACAAGGUUUUCAUGGCUUCAAUGUACAAGAUAUAAACCACCGAGACUUCCACGUACAAAGAGAAAGGACGGUGCGAAGAAACGUAAACUGGGCCGUAACCCUCGGGUACCUUUCUCACCAACACAGGUAGCUACGUUGGAACAGAAAUUUCGCUGUACACACUAUCUGAGCAGUAUCGAUGUUGCUGAACUGUCAGCCGCCCUUAACCUCUCCGAGAAUCGGGUCAAGAUUUGGUUUCAAAAUCGGCGAGCACGUGAGCGACGUGAUAAAGAAGGUAUCGAUCAAAAACUACCGUCAUCAUCGACAUCAAAUCUCCUACCUCCAUCUCCUGCUUCACUCUCUCAUUCUCCUCACACACCCAUCAGUCCACUUUCGUCAUCGUCGCCAUCCUCGUCUUCAUCCACCUCGUCAAUGAUCGCGAUAUCGCCAUUUGCUUCUCCACCUUCGACGUCAAUGACUGCGGGGAUGAUGCCUCGUUUAUCGUCACCGCGAUCAUCAAUCGAUGCUGCAUCUCCAUCACAUUUCUCUCAUGUUUCGUCAUCGCCGUUGUCAUCGACGUCGCAUCAUAGCGGGAUGAUGACGGAGAAUUCUCAGAUUUCGUUGUGUCAACCACCGCUUCAUCACAUCUCUGUUUCCUCGGCUGAUCAAGGCACGGCAUCAGCGUUCACUCCUGUAUCUCCCUACUUGAAAUAGCAAUUGAUUUUCCAUCUUACUUAAAUUCGAUUCUUGCCCUUUUAUCACCUCUUUAAAUAAACCUAAGAUAUAUUUAUUUGCAUGGACGUGAAUAUUAAGAUUUUAAAAGAAAAAGCAUAAGAAUUAUUAAUUCAAACUCUUAAGGAGUUUUCCGGGGAUGGAGAUGUUAAAAUUGCGUUGAUUUAGUCGAGCAUUAUUUUGGAGCUGGUAUGUGAAAGCGGAUGCAGUUUCGUUUUAUUUCAUUUCUUUAAAAUUCAGCUGAGAUAAGGUUUUUGACAAUGAAUUAUGAGCUACAUAUAGCUUAUGCUUAUAAUAACCACCAUUUUAAAUGGAAUGAUGGUGUUCUCUGGAGAAUUCAUGUGAAAGAAAUAAAACGAACUCAAAUUCCUCUGUAACCCAUUUCUAUCUUCAUGCCAAAUGAAUAUCAUUUCCAUAUAGAUGUUGGAUGAAUAUUGGUACUUUAAUUUACACUUUAUGAUUAAUUUUAUGUCAGUCAGGGAAAAAUAAUAAUAAAUAAUACUCUUAAUAACCCAUUGGUUCUUCACCAGGUUUGCCAUACUAAAUAAUAGUAUUGCCUUUUUCCAAUCUAAAAUACCAAGCAGAUCUAAGACCAAAUUGGGUCCAUGACCGGAGUCUCUGGAUUUUUUAAAUGUGUGGAAAAUGGAGAAGUGUAACCAAAAUGACCUUCAUUUUGUGGGUUUUUUUUUUUUUUUUUUUUUGGGGGGGUCCUUUUCAAAUUAACUUCAGCACCCCCAGUAAAAAAAAAUCGUUCCCAGGGUAUUGUGUCUGCCAGGGAUUGAGCAUGCGAGGGAUUGAACAUGAGGCGUGCGCUCAAUCAAUUGAACCAACAUGGCGGUGGAAAAAAAUAUCUGGAGGUUGUUAGAAUGUGACAGAACAAUCUAAUUUGAAUUUAUUCAGCAUCACGGACAGCAAUAACUUGGAAGUUUGUGAGCGUCUGAGCGACAGUCAAAAUGAAGAGAAAUUGAUAUUCUGAAGGGUGCUUUGAACUCAAUUUGUGGCCGUUUAUGAAUGCGUGUUUUCAAAGUUUAUUUAUUUACUUAUACCGUGUGAACUAUAUUUUGCGUGUUGUCUCUUUAUUAUUCACACUCACUGUGUAAAUAAAACAAUGUAAAUAGGAAAUGUAUUAUAAACAAAAUACAAUAUAUUAUGUAAUAAUUUCGUUACGUUCUGUGACAGUGACAUUAUAGAUAGGUAUUAUAUAAUUUUCCAAGGGGACAUGCUUAAUAGUCGCAAACAGCCCCAUUUUCUCCCCAUAAGUCUGGUGGUUUAAAAAGCACAACUUGUUCGGUUUUUAAAUCAGCAAUUAAGUUAGCAAUAUUUGAAGAAAGUUGUCUCUUAAAAAUAAAUAAGAUGACAGAGUUAGCUGCAGGGCAACUAUAACGGUAUGUUAAUAUAUGUCUAUUUUCUAAUCGUAUUUUAUUACAACACCGUCAUGUCUGACUAAAAUAUCCUGGCUACAUUAUGUCAUUUGACUGGUCAUUUAUACCAUUUAUUUAUUUAUUUAAUUUAUUUAUUUAUUUAUUUAUUUAUUCAUUUAUUUAUUUGUUUGUUUAUUUAUUUAUUUAUUUAUUCAUUUAUUUCGUUAGUUAGUUUUUGAAGAUGAGUUUACCAAGACCACUCACAUUAUAUCACGUUUUGUCGUCACGAUUCCGCCAAAAUAAUUCUUUACAAUAUGCUUAUAAUAUACAAUUGUGGAAAUGCUUAACUUUUAAGAGUAAAAAUUUAAUCCUUAGGUUCUACAUCUUCUUGCUGAUUGAUAUUCCAGAAAAUAUAUCCAUUUUCAUAUGCGUAUGAUUGUUAUUCUGUAAAACGACUCCUUUUUUAAAUCCUACCUGCGAUCUCCUUUACUUUCAUAAUUUCAAUCAUUCCGCUGUCGUAAAAACAUUUAAAUUUGCUUCUCCGUUCUGUAUACGUCGAUAUAAUUAUUUUAUUUUUUAACAUCUCCAACAUGACCUUUUAGCAUUCGCUUAGAUGGAUUAACUCUUAAAUUUUAUACCGAAGAUCUCAACAUUUCUCUUCUUUUCAGACUAGUGAUGGAAUUUACUUCAAUUUAAUUUUUCUUACAGAAUGCAGUGUUAAAAUGCCUAUCGAUAUUUCUCUUCGUACAUGUAUUCCUCAUUAUGUAAGCUAUAUUACAAUAUUCUGCAUAUGUGUUGUGCACAAUGAAGCAGUGAAAAUAAAGAUUUGACUUGUCAAAAAGAAAAUUCA